AUGGUCCAAGGCGGUUUAUUGCAGUUUCAGCUAGCGCUCGCGUUAGCUAUUGUCCAGUCAAAGCCCCCAGAUAUGAGCAUUCGAGAGUAUGCUCUUAAACUCAGGGAUUAUAUCAUUGUUGGAAAAAGAGCACCCGAGACUACCUUUAUGGAAACCCACCUCGACAGCACUGCAUUCUGGCGUGAAGCAUACGAGAAAUCAGAAGCUGCACAAAGUGAACUGCUAGACAAAAUAUAUGAACUAGAACAACGGAAUGAAGCCCGUUUACUACGAGAUAAAUGGGACAAAUCUUUUGAUCCAACUUCACCAGAACAGAGCAGGGCCUCGGCUAAGUCUAAAUGCCUACCAGCAAAUCGCCCUAAGAAGAGAGCAAAGACAAUGAGUAUACAAGAUAAUACGGUUCAAGAAUCACCAACAAAUGGAAACAGACAGUCUACUGAAUCUCCUCUGCAACAAACUUCAAAGGUCCUUGAUAGGAUGUAUCCUACCAUUUUGCAAGGGCUAACCAGGACAACAAGUAUACGUGAUGCCAAGGACAGCGCCGGACUCAUAGUCUAUCAUCUUACCAAAUUAUUUCAGCAGAUAAUACAGCAAUCAUACCAGUACGCUCUAUUAAAAGCAGAUCCGGUUUCAUAUGAACAGGUUUCUACAAAGCCCGGACAAAAAUCAAAAGCAAAGCCCACGAGACAGAAGAAAACAGGUUCUAUCAAGCCACCUCCAAAAAUUGAGAAUAUUAUAGCGUGCUUCGCAUACAUGACAUCUAUAAUUUUUAAACCCCUGGACCCCGAGAAGCAUGAGCACAGUGAUUUACUAGAAGGCCUCACAUUUGUGAUCCUAGAGCACGUUGGUAAGGUACUUGGGAUCCUAACAUUCAAGGACCUAUCCCUUUAUGCAGAGCCGACUACCAACAACCUCAGAUACGCCCUACCCGUGUGUUUAACAGAAAACCAUAGCGAUUCAAGGACUCCAGUGCCUGAAAUAGCCGAAGUAGCUGCCGUUUGGAACUCAAAAUAUCUGAUACCACUUCUAAAGCAGGCAAUGCUAUACAUGGAUAAACGCCAGAAAACAGUAGAGCUAUCAACUUCAUCAGCAAAUGUUGUGUUACCGUCGAGUUUACUCACAAGUGCUAGAGUUAGGUUACAAAGCACCCUUCUUAGAGGAGUGUUUGGUGCUGAUGAUCCUUCAAUCGGGGCUGCGUUGAACUUCCCUCCAGAAAUCACUUCAAAUACCAGUUGUUUGGAGUCGUCAAUCGACCCUCAAGCUUGUCCAGGAGAGUGGUUUACUCAGGAAGUCUGGGCACUUCUUGGUUGGGACUCGCUAUUAAAGUGUGAAUGUCUUGCACAGAGAGAAGAAUGA